AGAAGAGCACGACGAACGAAAGGAAGAGAUAAUGAUGGAUCAAGAGAGCUAAGCAGCACUCGUUACAUGUAGCUGCUUCCGUGCACCUUGUCCCCAGUGCCCCCCUGUUUGGCAAAUUCGCUGAGGUAGCAGCACCCAAAAGCUUGCGGUUGCCCUACAGCUACAGCAGCAAGAAAUAGCCGCCAAAUAAUGACUGAACCCACCACAGUCCAUGUCGUAGUGGCUUCCACCGUGGCUGGCUUUACUUCUACAAUUCUGGGACACCCGCUGGACACCAUCAAAGCACACCUGCAAACUUCCUCUUCUUCUACAACCACAACCAGCAGUUGGCAAGUGGCCCGUCGUCUGCAGUGGAAUCUCUUUCGCGGCAUUGGACCUCCCUUGGUCAAUGCCAUUCUCAUGAAUGCCGUCAUGUUUUCCGUAUUUGACAAGGUCAACACUGCUAACAACAGCAAUGUCUUUGUGGCAGGACUCUUGUCAGGUUUUGCCACCGCCAUGAUUAGUACGCCCACUGAUUGGAUCAAAAUUCAAGCCCAAUUGCAAAUGCAAACACAAACACAAAAGUCCAGUUGGCAAAUUUUGGUGCAAACGCUGGCCAAGGGGCCACCACGAGUUGUAAUCUCUCAAUAUCUCUACCGGGGACACGUGGCCAAUUUGGCACGAGAAGGAAUCUUUAGCAUGGUCUAUUUGGGGUUCUAUCACUACAUACUCCAAAACAACAGGUCCGACGACAAUGACAACAAUUCACAACAUUCCCUGCCCGUAGUAGCAGUAACCAGUUCGCUCACGGGUGCAAUGGCAUGGGUCCUGAGUUAUCCCAUGGAUACCAUCAAGACGUUACGACAAAGUGGUCGUACGCGGCAAGAAAUUUAUCAACUGUGCAAGACACGGGGGUAUGCUGCUGCAGCAUUGUAUCGAGGAUGUGCCACUUCCACGGGACGAGCCAUGCUGGUCACGUCCAGUCGCAUGAUGGCUUACGAAGGGUGCAUGGCCGUGUUGGCGGCCAAUUCAUCCUGAUCAUCCUACUUGAGAGAGUCAUCGAGUGGAAUGGAAAGCAGCCGUCGCAUGCAAACGACUGCCUGUAAAACAAGCAACCAACAAUUAUUCAUUGCACGUUAGAUUGUUUGGGCCUCGAUUGCUCGAUGGGUGCAUUGUUGGUGCCGAGAGAUUUGGUCCAGGCUGCAUAGACAGAAGACUGAGGGGAACUGCAAUCUAUCAGGAGCCCGAGAAUCGAAUGAUUCAAUCGACGGUCUUGAACUGCUUUUGCCAAGUGCUCGCUCGACGAGUUUCCGGCUUCGUUGGGAUGCGGCCGUCGGAUCUCUAUAAGCAACUUGAGUGUUUCGCCUUCAGCCUAGCUAGGGCAGCAUCAACCCAACCACUGUCAACACAAUACAACACAGAAGCUAGCUAGCUAGCUAUAACCAGAGUCCAUGCUCGGGUACCGGUAGCUAUCAUAACCGCACAAAUCAGACGGCCCCGAUUGAUAUGUAAAAUUUUGGUUACUAAGAAAUGAGACUAGCUAGAAACUUGUCUCUUCUCCUCAACUUCUUCUAAUAGUGGUCUGUCCAG